AAGGUCAUCACACUAAUACAACACCUCACCACAUCACACAAUCAUCAUGUCCUCGUACAAAUUUGAAGGAUGGCUGGGCGAGGACAAGGACUCUGUCAAGGGUAACAUGAGAUGGGGCGAAUUCGAGCCCAAGAAGUGGACCGAGGACGACGUGGAUAUCGAAAUCAGUCACUGUGGUGUCUGCGGGUCUGAUCUCCAUCAGCUGAGCUCUGGAUGGGGAGAGACUCCGUACCCAUGUGUUGUGGGCCACGAGAUCGUUGGCAAAGCCGUCAAGGUCGGAUCGAACGUCAAGCACAUCAAGCAAGGCGAUCGUGUCGGUGUCGGCGCCCAGGCUCGAUCAUGCCUGCAAAAGGAUUGCCCGGACUGCACGAACAACCUCGAGAACCACUGCGCCAUUGGUACCGUCAACACCUACGGCAGCGUGUACCCAGGAGAUGAAGGCAAAUCCUACGGCGGCUAUGCAGACUACAACAGGACCCACAAUCGCUUUGUCUUCAACAUCCCUGAGGGCCUCUCAUCAGCUGCAGCCGCACCUAUGCUGUGUGGAGGCAUUACCAUCUUCUCGCCACUGAAGAACUACGGUUGUGGACCUGGCAAGACCGUCGGUAUCGUCGGUGUUGGAGGCAUCGGUCACUUUGGUGUCUUGUUCGCAAAGGCCCUCGGUGCAGACCGUGUCAUCGGCAUUUCUCGCAAAUCAGACAAGCGCGAUGAUGCCCUCAAGCUCGGCGCGGACGAGUACAUCGCCACGGACGAAGACAAGGACUGGCAGACAAAGCACCGCCGCUCAAUUGAUCUCAUCGUCGGCACGGUCAGCUCGGCGAAGAUGCCUCUAGAGGGAUACCUCGGCCUGCUCAAGACCAAGGGCACAUACAUCCAGAUCGGCGCACCAGAUGCUGGAGAAUUGCCUGCAAUCAACGCUUUCACCCUCCUCACCAACGGGAUCAAAGUCGGCGGCAGCGCGAUCGGUUCGCCAAAGGAGAUUGAGGAGAUGUUGCAGUUCGCUGCGGACAAGAAGAUUGAGCCUUGGCUCAAUGAGCGUCCGAUGAAGGAGGCGAACGAUGUUGUCCAGGAUAUGACUGCUGGCAAGGCGAGGUACCGCUAUGUGUUGGUGAACGAGAAGCACGCCAAGGCUUGAUGUCCCACAUAGAGAUAGAUAGAUAUCGUAAAUGUAGAUGCAGCUUCAUGAACGCAAUGUGCCGUCCAGU